AGGAGGCGGCCGUCGUUACGGCGCGAGCGUGGUCACGUGGCUGUUGGUCACCGCCACCCUCCCCUCCCGCCCUGUUUUCCUUCUGGUCGGCCCGGGCCCGGACGGCUCCGCGAGCGCCUGGCCGACUGAGGGAGAGAGAAAGAGGAGGGGAGGAGGAGGAUUCAGGGAGUAGGAGCUGGGGAGUCCUUCUGCGCCACAGAACAUUUCUAAUAACUUGGUGAAGAUAGAAAAACUGUCAGACUGUAGCAUUCCUAUACUGUUCCUCUCUGGCGUAUGUUAUUUGCAAUUGAACUGCACUGGCUUCUGCUAAUGUCCUGGAGAACCCACAGAACCCCUGGAGCCUUGAAAUAAUUCAAGAAUACCUCAGUGAGCCUCACCUAUCUACUUUGUUAGUUCUGCUGUUACCACUUCAGGAAGUCAAGGUGUGUUCUCUGGAGAGCCCUGAAUACAUCACAUGAAAAUAUCUUCAGUAGUAUUCAGGGAGAUGCCAGUUCAAAACACUGUAGUUACUUUUGGCGACACUGUCCAGUUCCCACAAUGUAUCAUUCCUUAUCUGAAACUAGACAUCCUCUGCAGCCUGAGGAACAAGAAGUAGGCAUUGAUCCCUUGUCCACUUACUCACAUAAGUCUGGAGGAGAUUCAAAUAAAAAUGGAAGAAGAAUAAGUUCUACCUUAGACUCUGAAGGGACUUUUAAUUCGUAUAGGAAAGAAUGGGAAGAACUGUUUGUAAACAACAAUUACUUGGCAACAAUAAGACAGAAAGGGAUUAAUGGGCAGCUGAGAAGCAGCAGGUUCCGCAGCAUUUGCUGGAAGCUGUUUCUUUGUGUUCUUCCUCAAGAUAAAAGUCAGUGGAUAAGUAAAAUUAAAGAAUUAAGAUCAUGGUAUAGCAACAUUAAAGAAAUACAUAUCACAAAUCCCAGGAAGGUUGUUGGCCAGCAAGAUUUGAUGAUCAACAAUCCCCUUUCACAGGAUGAAGGGAGUCUUUGGAAUAAAUUUUUCCAAGAUAAAGAACUUCGAUCAAUGAUUGAGCAAGAUGUCAAAAGAACGUUUCCUGAAAUGCAGUUUUUCCAACAAGAAAAUGUGAGAAAAAUUCUUACAGAUGUUCUUUUCUGUUAUGCUAGAGAAAAUGAGCAGUUACUUUAUAAACAGGGAAUGCAUGAGCUAUUAGCACCUAUAGUCUUUAUCCUUCACUGUGACCACCAAGCCUUUCUACAUGCCAGUGAGUCUGCACAGCCCAGUGAGGAAAUGAAAACUCUCUUGAACCCUGAGUAUCUGGAACAUGAUGCCUAUGCAAUGUUCUCACAACUGAUGGAAACUGCUGAACCUUGGUUUUCUACUUUUGAACAUGAUACUCACAAGGGAAAGGAAACUCUGAUGACUCCUAUCCCCUUUGCUAGACCACAGGACUUAGGGCCAACAAUUGCUAUUGUUACUAAAGUUAACCAGAUCCAGGAUCAUCUACUGAAGAAGCAUGAUAUUGAGCUCUAUCUGCACUUGAACAGACUAGAAAUUGCACCACAGAUAUAUGGAUUACGGUGGGUACGGCUACUGUUUGGAAGAGAAUUCCCUCUGCAGGAUCUGCUGGUGGUUUGGGAUGCCUUGUUUGCAGAUGGCCUUAGCCUGAGUUUGGUUGACUAUAUCUUCAUAGCCAUGCUACUCUACAUCCGAGAUGCUUUGAUCUCUAGUAACUACCAGACCUGUCUUGGCCUUCUGAUGCAUUACCCAGUCAUCGGGGAUAUACACUCACUGAUUCUUAAGGCUCUGUUCCUUAGAGACCCAAAGAUAAAACAAGAAGACACCAUCUGUGAACCAAGAAAUGGGCCCUUACCAGACAUAAGAUAUAGAAAUCCAAGACCAGUGACUAAUCAGUUCCAUCCCAAUUUAGAUUAUUACAAAGCAAGGGGAGCAGACCUUAUGAAUAAAAGCCGGUCCAACCCCAAAGGCACUCCCCUGAAUAUAAAUAAGGUCUCUAAUAGCCUGAUAAAUUUUGGAAGAAAGUUGAUUUCCCCAGCCAUGGCCCCAGGCAGCGUGAGUGGCCCUAUAACAGGGGACAACAGCUCUUGUGCUGUGAUUCCCCCCAAAACCUCCACAGAAGGCCCAAAGCAUCAGCAACAGCAGCAGCAGCAGCAGCAGCAGCAGCAGCAGCAGCAGCAGCAGCAGCAACAGCAGCAGAGGAUGAUGAAAUCUGAAAGCAUGCCGGUGCAAUUGAACAAAGGAGAUGUAGUUACAGGAAGCGAUGCUCAGGUUUCUGUUCCUGCCCAGACUCUAACUGACCUCCAAGGACAAAAUUCUAAAAACAUCAGUUCAUCACCAAGCAUUGAAAGUUUGCCUGGGGGAAGAGAAUUUAUGGGCUCUCCACCUUCAUCUGCUACUAAAAAAGAUUCUUUUUUUAGCAACAUCUCACGUUCCCGCUCUCAUAGCAAAACUAUGGGCCGAAAAGAAUCUGAAGAAGAAUUAGAAGCCCAAAUAUCCUUCCUUCAGGGACAGUUGAAUGACCUGGAUGCCAUGUGCAAAUACUGUGCUAAGGUGAUGGACACUCAUCUUGUAAAUAUUCAAGAUGUGAUUUUACAAGAAAAUUUGGAAAAAGAAGACCAAAUUCUGGUGUCCCUGGCAGGAUUAAAACAGAUCAAAGACAUUCUGAAAGGUUCCCUACGUUUCAACCAAAGCCAGUUGGAAGCUGAGGAGAAUGAGCAGAUUACCAUUGCAGAUGACCACUAUUGCUCCAGUGGCCAGGGACACAGCAGCCAAGUUCCUGAGGCCACCAAACAGGCCUCUUCAGAAACAACAGGGUGCAAAGACAAAGGGAGCUCAGAUGACUUCAUCUUGGUUUCCAAGGAAGAUGAGGGGGCCAUUGCCAGGGGGCCCUUCUCAGGCCAGGCCCAGCCUCUUUGCACCCUCAGAAGCCCAUCUGGGAAAAACCAGGCCCCAGCCUGCUCCCCACUGGUGUUCUUAGACCCACUGAUGGGUCCAGGUCCAGCUUCAGCUUCCUCCAGCAACCCCAGCUCCAGCCCUGAUGAUGACAGCAGCAAGGAUUCUGGCUUCACCAUUGUGAGCCCCUUGGACAUUUGACCACAGGACCCAGCCACCCCUCCGUGGCCUCAAGGCUUUCCCAGUGGAGAUGUGUAUGAAAUCAACACUUCUUUCCAAGCAUUCAUUUGGCAUUGGCACAGUCCUUUGGAACCCUUUUCAAAGAAGCAAAUAUGGCCACAAAG